GAUAAUAGCUGUUGGAGCUCUAGCUCUCAUGCCAUGCUGGGCCACAGCGGCUCCGAGAGACAUGCAUGUGCUUAUAUCCGGGUUAGGGACAGAAAAGGGGAGAAAGUUUCAUUUAAAUCUAGGCAAAAAGUUUAGACAUGGAAUCACUCUUUCCGUUACUGUGUUAGCUGUUGACUAGGCGUUCAGCGUCUGACCGCCACCAUAAUUGAUACAUAGCCUACUUGCAUUCGCUUUUGUUUUCAUUAAAGCUAUUUCUUCUCGUUCAGUUUUCCUCUUCUAUCGUUUUUGUCAGAUAGCUAGCGUGCUUCCUAGCGCACCAGGGUCCCAGCUUGAAAUGCUGUAGUGACUAUGGCCGCGCAAGUGGCAUCUGCUCCUGCGACUUCUAAUAAUAAAAAUCCUAAUUUGCCUAGUAGUUUGAGUCAAGAAUUAAACUCCGUGAAGUCAGAAGGAGGGGCGGCACAGGGAUCUGGAACGAUGCUAGGAGCUGGAGAUGGGACUAGCACUAUGAAUAAUGUAGAUCACCAUCGCCAUAAUGAGAUGAACAUGGCCAAUACAACGCGUGCUUCUUCAGCUUGUAAUAAUUCUGAUCCACGGGAAAAUGACGGUGGAAAUAACUCCUCAUCCGUGACCUCGUCGAAUUUGUCCGCUGCCUCUAGCAUGGAGACGGGUAUGAUAGCGAAUCACAAACUGAAAAAUAUUGGUGGCGAUACUCCUCUUCACCAACACGCACUGCCACAACAACAAUUUAAUCAAUUUCAGCAGCAUCAACGGCAAAUUCAAAACAACAUCAACAACAGCCAAACACCGGUACAAGGGGAGGCGGAGAACCAGACACAUGGGUUCAAGGAGAAUAUUUUGGAAAACCAGGUCGAGCCGCAGCAAAUGCUGAGAAAAAGUGAAGAGACUCUUCCUUGCAAAUCGGCGGACCAGGUGGGUGGCAGGUACGAGCACGCCAGCAUGGGACCAACGAACAACAGCGGCAGCAUCAAUAACCAGCCGCAAAGUGCGGGGGGCAACAGCAUUGUCUCUGAGUUUAAUAAUUAUUAUGGCAAUGCUAGAGGAGGGCCCUGCUUUGAUCAACAUGGCGGACAACAAAGCCCGGUGAUGAGUAUAAUGCAUUCUUCGGUUCCCAACAGCAUGGAUCCAACGCAAAACUCUCACGAAGGGUACCACAACAGCCAGUACAAUCACUACCCGAACUACCGUGCGAGCUAUGGCGGCGCAGGCUACGGCGUAAUGAGCUCCUCCAGACAGGGGAGUAACAUGUUGAUCGGCCCGGGUAGCGGCUCUGCAUCGACCCAGGGAAAAACGGCGAUGGCAGCUGCCUCCGCUUCUGGUGGCGGUGUCGGUGGGUUUCAGAGAUUUCCAGGGCAAAAUCAGCACCCUCCCGGAGCCACCCCGACCCUGAACCAGCUGUUGACCUCCCCCAGUCCGAUGAUGCGGGGUUAUGGCAGUGGCUACGAUUUUAAUAGUGCCACUGCACAGCAGCAACAGCAAGCAGGCAUGGGGUUAGGCAAAGACCUAAGUUCUCAGUAUGGGUCUGCAGCCCAUGGCUGGGGUGGACAGCAAAGGAAUCACCCUGCAAUCAGUCCUGGGAACAAUGGACAAGGCAUCAACAGACCGCAGGUGGGGUCCAUGGAGUUCAUGGCGAUGAAGCGCUCCCAGCUCUACGGGAUGGGCAACAUCCCCUAUGCCCAGCAGCAGGGCGGGCCUUACUCCAGCCAGCCGUACGGUUCACCGGCCCCUCAUCGCUAUCCAAUGGGCACGCAGGGGCGGGGCCAGAUGGGGAUGGGCGGAAUGCAGCAGCAGAUGCCACCACAGUUUGGCCAGCAGGGUCAGCCUCCAUACUUCAGCCAGUCCCAGCAGCCUGCUGCCCCAACACAGCCCCCCUACCUGCAGCCCCGCGCUCCCUCUCAACAGGAGGUUCAGCCGGAGAGCUACGGGCCGAGGGGUCAGCCCCCGCUCGCCCCCGCCAAGCAGGGCCAGGAGGAGAUGAUGAUGGGCCUCGGCCAGCAGGAGAGACCCUCCAGCCUUCCCUUUUCUCUGAAGAAUGUUCAGCGUUUCGAUGCUGUGCCCUGUCAGUCUAAGGACCUGUCGGGCUCCAUCGACGACCUGCCGACGGGGACGGAGGCGGGGCUCAGCUCGGCCGUCAGCGCCUCGGGCUCCAGCAGCGGCAGCGGGGGCGAGCAGAGCAACCCCGCCCGGUCGCCCUUCUCCCCCCACGCCUCCCCGGCAGUGGCUGGCCUGCGCACCGGCCCCUCCCCCUCGCCCGCGGCUUCGCCGGCCGGCUCCGCCCAGUCCCGCUCCGGACCCAUCUCGCCUGCCGGCAUCCCAGGGACCCCGAUGGCACCGCCGAACCAGGGGAACUCCGGGAACAUGCCUGAUGUGGGACCCCACUGUGUCCUGAGCCAGUCCCCCAUGUCCCAGGAGAGAGGUUUUAUUCCCAAUAUGCAGAGGAACCCUCCCAUGGCUCAGUUUGGCCCCCAGCAGUCCGGGCCCUCCAUGUCACCACACCCCUCAACAGGGGGCCAAAUGCACCAUGGGAUGGGGCCCUACCAGCAGAGUGGCUCCAGUGGCGCCUAUGGACCCACAGGAGUGCAGUUUGGGCCCCAAGGUAACUUCCCCCGGCCCCCCAGCUAUGACGGAGCUCCAGGUUCCAGCUACAGCGGGCCGGGUCCUGGCGUGACCAACAGCAUGGGCACCAACGCGGGCAGCCCCAUGCAGGGGCAGGGUCCUGGCAUGCCCCUCAGUCACGGCCGGCCCUACUCCGGCACCGUAGCGCCCAGCUCUCCCAGCAUGCCCCAGUCCACCGCCCCCAACGUGGCCCCGCCCCUCGCCAACAGCAACCGCAAGGCCCAGGAGGCGGCCGCUGCCGUCCUGCAGGCGGCCGCUAACACCGCCCAGGGAAGGCAGAACGUCUGUCCUCCCAUGAGCCAGAUGGGCAUUGGAGUAUCUGGAGCCCCGUACAGCCAGCCUCCUGGAAGCACCCAAGGGACGACGACAUUGCAAGGGCCCAUGGGGCUACCUGGAGAUGGGGUGGUUGGAAGCCCCCCAAAGCCCAAAGCAGAUGGCAAAGAGGAGAGUGGACCGGGCGCAGAGCCUCCUAAAGCUAAGGACGUCUGUGGUCCUCAGUGUACUUCGCAGCCCUCCACCCCUGCCCCUGUUCCAUCGCCUCUCUCCCCGACCCCCACCCCCACUCCCACCCCUGCCCCGCUCUCCCCCGCACCCACCCCGGCCCCUGUCCCCUCCCCCCUCUGCCCGAGCCCCGCCAGCUUGUCCUCUUACCACGGCGACGACAGCGACAGCAUCAGCAGCCCCACCUGGCCCAAAACACCGUCCAGCCCUAAGUCCUACUCUUCCUACUCUUCCACCUUGAGCGGCGAGAAGGCGGGCCGGCUCUAUGAGAUGGGGGCGGAGCCUGAGAGGAAAGCGUGGGUGGAGCGUUACCUGUCCUUCAUGGAGGAGCGCGGCACGGCCAUCUUGAGCCUGCCUGUGGUCGGGAAGAAGCCGCUGGAUCUCUUUCAGCUCUACAUGGCAGUGAAGGAGAUUGGUGGCCUGGCCAUGGCCAAUAAGAACAAGAAGUGGCGCGAGCUGUCCAACGGGCUGAGCGUGGGGACGUCCGGCGGGGCCGCCAGCUCGCUGAAGAAGCAGUACAUCCAGUACCUGUUCGCCUUCGAGUGCCAGGUGGAGCGCGGGGAGGAGCCCCCGCCCGACGCCCCCCCCGCCGCCGAGGGGAAGAAGCAGCCCCGCGUACAGCCGCCGUCUCCCGCGAAUUCGGGGUCCCUCCAGGGCCCCCAGACGCCCCAGUCCACGAGCAGCGGCUCCAUGGCCGAGUUGCCGGGUGACCUGAAGCCCCCCACGCCCGCCUCCACGCCCCACGGCCAGAUGGCCCCCAUGCAAGUUGGCAGGAGCAGCUCGGUCAGUGUGCAGGACCCCUUCUCAGAGGUGAAUGACCCUGCCUUCCAGAAGCGCGGCUCCCUGCCCCCUGGCGCCCCCUACCAGCCACCUGCCAACAUACGCAUGCAAGACCCUUUCGCUGGCAUGAGGAAAGUGGUGAGUGGGGCAGAGCCCUACAUGCCGGGCCCGAUGCCCAACAGCGGGGCCCCGGACGUGUACGGCCGCCCCCCCUCGGCCGCCAUGCCCGGCCUGGGGAUGGGCCAGCGCCCCCAGUAUCCCUACGGGCCCGGGUAUGACAGGAGGCCAGACCAUGUGAUGGGACUGGAGGGUAGCAUGGUCCCCCCUGGGGCUCAGAGCAACAUGGUACCUUCCAACAGUGACCCCAGCAUGUACUCAUCCAACAGAUACCCCUCUCAGCAGAGGCACGAGGGAUACAGUCAGCAGUAUCCCAGCAUGGGCUAUGGAGCACACCCACCCGGGAUGUUCCCCCAGCAACAGGGCUAUAAGAGGCCGAUGGAGGGGAUGUAUGGCCCCCCGCCAAAGCGGCAGGAUGGGGGGGAGGGCUUUGGCCUGCAGUAUGGAAGCCAGCAGGCCGAGGUGUAUAACCAGUACGGUGGGGGGUACCCCGGGCCCGAACGGCGCCCCCUGCAGGGCCCCUACCCCUACCCCUACGGCCGAGAGCGCAUGCAGGCCUCCGGACCGUCACCCCAGCAACCGCCCCCCCAGCUGGCCAUGUCCCCCCAGAUGAUGGGCGGGCCCCCUGGCUCAGGGGAGGGGCCCCAGCCGGGCGCCUGGCCGCCACGCACGGACAUGCCCUACCCCUACCCCAGCAGACAGGGGGCGUCGGCCCAGGGGCCCCCGUACCCUGCCAUGGGCCGGGGGGACGACAUGGAGGCACGGACCAAUCACGAUGGGCCGUGGGCCCAGCGGCAGGCCGCCUUCCUCCCGCCCCCCUCCAGCUCCAUGCCCGCCAUGACCACCCGGCCGCUCCCCUCGUCCUAUCAGACGCCUCCUUCCAUGCCAAACCACGCCCCCCGCGCCCCAAGCCCCGCCUCUUUCCAGAGAUCCAUGGAGGCACACUUGUCGCCCAGUAAGGCGCCCUUUAUGUCCUCCAUGAAGAUGCCCAAAAUGGGCGUGGCUGUACCGGGGUCGCAGGGUGGCGGCCCUGCUGGUCACCCCCCAUCUACCGCCAGCCAGGCCCAGGCCACAGCCCAAGACCUCAACUUCCCGCUGGGGUCGGUAGAGUGCACCAUGCCCAUCCUGAAACUGCGUCGCAAGAUUACCUCAAAGGACACUGGAACACCAGAGGCGUGGCGAGUGAUGAUGUCACUGAAGUCAGGCCUGCUGGCAGAGAGCACCUGGGCACUGGACACCAUUAGCGUCCUACUGUACGACAACAGCACUGUCUCCUCCUUCUGCCUAGCCCAGUUGCCUGGAUUCCUGGAACUGCUGGUGGAGUAUUUCAGGAGGUGCGUGAUGGAGAUCUUUGGGAUCCUGGAGGAGUACGAGGUGGGCACAGUCGGCCAGAAGACCCUCCUUUGUGGCCCCGUCCUCCAAAACGAGACAGAGAUGGAGUCAGAGGCUCCUCCCCUUGAAAGCACCCAUGAGGCGGGGGUGGAGCCAACAGAGGAGCCUCUAGAAGCAGAGCCCAGGCAGGAUAAAUCCGACCCAGAGACAGUGGAGCCAGAGGUGAAAAAAGAGGAGUCCCAAGAGAACACUCCAUCCUCUGUAGAGCAGGAGCCCACACUGAAACAGGCCAGCAAGUACGACCGGCUGCCCUUGAAGGUGGUGCCUGUGGACAGCCUGUUUGUAGAAGAGCAGUGGGAGGAGCCGAGCCAGGGGGAGGAGUUCACCAGCGGCCUGCUCCACUGGCAGGCAGGGGGAGGAGACUCCACCGCCCACAUCCAGACCCACUUUGAGAGCAGGAGCGAACCGUACGAGAGAAGGGGGUCUCGAACACUCGAGGCGGAUGGGCGAAACGAGCAAGGGACCGCGACAGAGGACGUGCCGUGGACCCACUCGGGCGUGUUUUUGGACGGCAACCCCUUCUCUCUUCCUGCCGGCUCGUCCCCCGCCCCGCGGCUGGAGGAGGAGCCCCGGACGUGGGACGAGGCCCCGCUCUCCACCGCGGCACCCUGGCAGGACGCCCUGUCCCGGCGCUGCGUCUGCGUCUCCAACAUCCUGCGCGGCCUGUCCUUCGUACCCGGAAACGACGUCCAGAUGUCGCAGCACGCCGGCCUGGUGCUGAUCCUGGGCCGCCUGGUCCUGCUGCACCACCAGCACCCCGAGAGGAGCAGGGCUCCCCGCGCCUACGCGCAGGACCGCGACCGCGCCGGGGGCCGCAAACACGAACAAGACCACGACCGCGCCUGCGAACACGGUCACGAGCACACCCAUAAGCAGGACCAGAACGACGAACACAACCACGAACACGAGCACAACCGCAAAGAGGACGAGGACCACAACGAAGAACACACCGGAAAACACGAACAGCAACGCGACCACAACCACAAACACGAUAGCGUCCCCAAUCACGACCGGGACCGCGAACGCAGCCUGGCCUGCAGCAAGGACGAGUGGUGGUGGGACUGCCUUUCGACGCUGAGGGAGAACACCAUGGUCACCCUGGCCAACAUCUCGGGUCAGCUGGACCUGUCCCAGUACCCCGAGAGCAUCUGCCUGCCCCUGCUGGACGGGCUGCUGCACUGGAUGGUGUGCCCCUCGGCCCAGUCCCAGGACCCGUUUCCCAGGGCGGGGCCCCACUCCGCCCUCACCCCCCAGAGACUGGUGCUGGAGUGCCUCUGCAAGCUGAGCGUGCAGGACGGCAACGUGGACCUGCUCCUGGCCACGCCCCCCCUCUCCCGGCAAGAGCGCCUGUACACCACGCUGCUGCGCUACGUGGCGGACCGGCGGAACCAGGUGUACCGGGAGAUGGGGGUGGCCGUGCUGUCCAACCUGGCGCAGGGGGACGCGCUGGCGGCGCGCGGCAUCGCCGUGCAGAAGGGCAGCGUGGGAACCCUGGUCAGCUUCCUGGAGGACUGCGUCGCCAUGGCGCAGAGCCAGCGCGGGCCGGCGCCCUCCGAGCCGCCCAGCGUCAACAUGAUGUGCCGCGCGGCCAAAGCCCUGCUGGCCAUGGCCCGGCUGGAGGAGAACCGCUCCGAGUUCGUCCUGUUCGAGGGCCGGCUGCUGGACGUCUCCAUUUCCUCGGCGCUGAGUUCCGCGGUGGCGGCCAUCGUGUGCGAGGUGCUCUUUCAGAUCAGCCGCUCCUGACAGGACCGCAUUGGGGGCGGGGCUCAGCAGGGCGUGGGCGAAGCCUGCGGCGUAAUCUGCGGUUUUUAUAUUUUUAUUUAAAAAGAGAAAAUAGAAGCUUUUAUAUUCAAAUAUAAAUAAAUAUAUAUAUAUAUGUAUAUAUCCUCUGCCCCGAUAACAAUUUUAUUUAAAAAUAUUAUCAUUUGAAUACAGAUAUUUAAUACUUGCUGUUAUCAUGUGUUGGAAAAGAAAAGUAUUUUCCUUUUUUCUAAUUUGAAUGUUUUGGACUUUGGACAGGAGUCCGUCCUUUUUAAUGCUUCGGAGUUUCGUAAAUGUUCAUACUUGUAUCUCUGUGUUUUUGUUUGGGAAAGCAGAUUUAUUUAAAUUGUGAGAAAUACUGUAGAUAAUCUUGCUACAUUGAGAAGAAAGAAAACGAUAAUUUUAAUCACGCAAUGUAAAUGUGUCCAUCUAAAAAUUCUGUGCAAUAGCAUUUAGUGCAAACGGUAGGUGGAAACGGAAAGGUGAAUUUUAUAAACUUGCAAUACAUGAAUUUGGCCCCAAGUGGGCAGUGUCGUAUAAGUCUCUUAGCAAAAUGAAAAAACAAAACAUUUUUAUUUAUUAUUUAUUAUUUUUCUUACAUUGACUUGCACCAUCAGAGUGGCACCCUGAAACUUCCAGAAAGUAAGGAUUUCCCUCCUACUUUUGUGUUUGUAUUGCAUUUUUUUCUUUUUCCUCCAUAUUUUGCCAUUUUGGGCAAUAUGUAUAUAAACGCUGUACAUUGGACAUGACCCUAUUUUUCCUCUUUACUUUGAGUUAGUCCUUUUUUAUAAAAUGGCAGUUAUUAAUUAUUAUAAUGAUUAUUGUUAAUGUUAUUAUAAACAUAUUUGAUCCAGCUGGAACACAAGGGGAGCUUAAUGCAAAGGUUCAUCUCUUCUCUGUUCUACAGCAGAGAGCUUGGCACAGCAGCCAUUUUGUCAGGCAGGUGUGAAUGUUCAGAUGGUUCCUAGGAAUGUUAACAAAUAAAUGAAGAACCAAACCCUUUUAUUUUUUUCAUCCAGUAUUGCAAAUGUGCAUAUUUGUUAAUCAAGAUAAUAGUCAAUAAAAAGGACAGUGACAAGAAAAUACAAAGACAAGAAGAUAAUGUAAAUUAUGUCUGUUCCUCUGCCUCAAUGAAUAUCAUUUAUUCAGCAUAAAUCUUUAUACUCAAUGUUCCACAUGUUAAGAAUAAAUGUACAUUAAAUCUUGUUAAGCACUGUGA